CGAACACGUCGGUAUUCAAACACAAAACAUUUUAUUUGCUAAGUGACUGAAAAAUAUCUUGAAAAAAAUAUUUUUAUAAAGUUGAUUUAAUAACAAUAAAUUAUUAGAAAACUUUUAUCAAAGCAAAAUAAUGUAUUUUCCUCAAGGAACAGUGAAACCCUUUCAUGAUUUUGAUGCGACACAAGAUGCUCUUGCUUUACGUGCUGCCAUGAAAGGUUUUGGAACGGAUGAGAAGACAAUUAUUGAAAUUCUUGGCAAUCGUGCGAAUUUUCAACGUCAAGAAAUUAUUCAAGCUUUUGCUUCUGAACUUGGUCGGGAUCUUAUCAAAGAUUUAAAGAGCGAAUUAAGCGGCAGGUUUAGAGAUGUUAUUAUGGGUCUCAUGAUGAAGCCGGAAGAUUUUAUUUGUAAGCAACUUAAUAAAGCGAUGGUUGGUUUAGGAACAGAUGAAGAUGCUUUAAUUGAGAUUUUGUGUUCAAGAAGAGGAGAGGAAAUUAAAGUUAUUACGAAGAGAUAUGAUGAAAUGUACAACAAAUCCCUCGCAAAUCACGUCGGCACCGAAACAUCCGGCGACUUCCGUGAACUUCUCACGCGAAUUUGCAGCAACGAACGCGCCAACUCGGGACACGUGAACGGCGCCCAAGCCAAAGCCGAUGCCCAACGUUUGUACGAAGCGGGAGAGAAAAAACUCGGCACUGACGAAGCGGUAUUCACGAAACUCUUUGCGCAAUCCAGUUUUGAGCAUUUGCGUCUCGUCUUCGAAGAGUACAAAGCAGUUUCGGGCAACACAAUUGAACAAGCGCUGAAGCACGAAAUGAGCGGCGAUCUCAAAAAAGCUCUCGGAACAAUCGUUGAAGCUGCUCAAAGUACUCCGACUUAUUUUGCCCGAAAAUUAUUUAAAUCCAUGGAUGGUUUGGGUACAGAUGACAAAGCUUUGAUUCGAAUAAUUGUCUCUCGAUGCGAAUAUGACUUGGAGGACAUUAAACGAGAAUAUGAAAAAUUGUACAAUAAAACUCUGAUAAGUGCUGUUAAAAGUGACACAUCUGGAGAUUACAAAAAGAUUUUAUGUACCUUGAUAGGAAGUGCUUAAAGACAAGGUUUUUAAAUUU